AACCCCUCAGCCCUCUCCCUGUCCCACAGCCCAGGGGCGGGCACUGGGGGGCUCAGGGUUGAGGCAGGGGUAGGACAGGGCUGAGACCGAGGAGAACUUAGCUCAGAGGCUCCCCACACUGCCCAGGAGGGAGUGGAGGGAAAAUAGACCAGGGCCCCCAAACCUGUCACUCUCCAGAAAGGACUUUCCAAAUGGAAAAAACCACAGGGGUUGGUAGGGAUGGAGAGGUGGGGCUGUGGGAUGCCAGGCCCCUUGGUUCCAGGCUGGGCUCCAGAAAGAAGCAGAUGGAAGCCUGAGCCCACUUUUUGCCUCAGCUUUACCAUUAAUUCAAAGGACUUGUGUGGGUAGGAGAGGAAAAACAGGGCAAUAAACAGCAAGAUCUCAAACCUAAGACAGGAGCCAGGACUGGGGUGGAGGCUGCAUCUCAGAAUUGUUGGUCUUGUGGGGCAGGACUUGGUCUGAACCUCCAGGAAGCAGAAUGAGUAUGUGCUCAAGGUUUAGGGUAUUUGUGCUUCUGCUUUCUUGGGGUCCCACCCUCUUAUCCUGCUCCUACAGUGGUUUUGGAGGCUGAGGAGUUGGCUACAGAGGAAGCAGGGGGUAGCGAUUAGAGGCAAAUGUCCUCCGCCCCUGUGGACUCUUCCAGGGAAUUGUGCCUGCACUGUGGAAGGUGGAACCUGCAGCCCAGCCCAGAGGUGUCUGACCUAAAGGGCCAAGAGCCAGGACGAGUUCUUCCCCAUUGCUGUUGGUGUCAAGAAAUCCUCCCUGCUAUCUACCCUCAAGGCUUCCUGCUGCAUCACUAUGGGCCUGGAUUGGUCACUGGGGACUGCUGUGGGAAAGCUCUUGCAGGGCUCCCGCCGCCGCCGCCGAGGCGCCGAGGGAGGGGCCACGAGUCGCGGCAGCCCGGACCCCCAGCCCUCUCCAGGUGCCCGCCGCGCUCGCACUAACGCUUCUCGGCCGCGCGCCGCCCGCGCCAUGGCGCAGGAGAACGCAGCCUUCUCGCCGGGGUCGGAUGAGCCGCCGCGGCGCCGCGGCCGCCAGCGCUACGUGGAGAAAGACGGCCGGUGCAACGUGCAGCAGGGCAAUGUGCGCGAGACGUACCGCUACCUGACUGACCUCUUCACCACGCUCGUGGACCUGCAGUGGCGCCUCAGCCUGCUCUUCUUCGUGCUCGCCUACGCGCUUACCUGGCUCUUCUUCGGCGCCAUCUGGUGGCUGAUCGCCUACGGCCGCGGCGACCUGGAGCAUCUGGAGGACACCGCGUGGACGCCGUGCGUCAACAACCUCAACGGCUUCGUGGCCGCCUUCCUCUUCUCCAUCGAGACCGAGACCACCAUCGGCUACGGGCACCGCGUCAUCACCGACCAGUGUCCCGAGGGCAUCGUGCUGCUGCUGCUGCAGGCCAUCCUGGGCUCCAUGGUGAACGCCUUCAUGGUGGGCUGCAUGUUCGUCAAGAUCUCGCAGCCCAACAAGCGCGCCGCCACGCUCGUCUUCUCCUCGCACGCCGUGGUGUCGCUGCGCGACGGGCGCCUCUGCCUCAUGUUCCGCGUGGGCGACCUGCGCUCCUCGCACAUCGUCGAGGCCUCCAUCCGCGCCAAGCUCAUCCGUUCGCGCCAGACGCUCGAGGGCGAGUUCAUCCCGCUGCACCAGACCGACCUCAGCGUGGGCUUCGACACGGGUGACGACCGCCUUUUCCUUGUCUCGCCGCUCGUCAUCAGCCACGAGAUCGACGCUGCCAGCCCCUUCUGGGAGGCUUCGCGCCGCGCCCUCGAGAGGGACGACUUCGAGAUCGUGGUCAUCCUCGAGGGCAUGGUGGAAGCCACGGGAAUGACAUGCCAGGCUCGGAGUUCCUACCUGGUGGACGAGGUGCUGUGGGGCCACCGCUUCACUUCAGUGCUGACCCUGGAGGACGGGUUCUAUGAGGUGGAUUAUGCCAGCUUCCACGAGACCUUUGAGGUGCCCACGCCCUCGUGCAGUGCCCGAGAGCUGGCCGAGGCUGCGGCCCGUCUUGAUGCCCAUCUCUACUGGUCCAUCCCCAGCCGGCUGGAUGAGAAGGUGGAGGAGGAGGGGGCGGGGGAGGGGGCGGGUGGGGGGACCGGAGCUGACAAGGAGCAGAAUGGCUGCCUGCCACCCCCAGAGAGUGAGUCCAAGGUUGUGACCAGUUUCUUCUCCAGAUCCCCUGUGGCAGACCGGGGGCCAGACACAGGUACCUGGGGAGCUGGAUAUUGGAGAUGGAGGAGGAGGAGGCAGGCAAGGUCCGGGGAAAGUGCUAAAGCUAGAGAGGCCCCUUUGGAAUCUCAAAUGUAGAAUCCAGUGUGGAGGGAAGAGGUCUUGAUGUCAGGAGAAUGGAGGGGUGGGGAUGGGUGAGCAUACCAGCCUGACUGUGUUUGACCUUCACAUCUGCUUGUGGGUGGAAAGAUGGACAGAGGAUGGAUUUAUGGGGGGUUGGAUGGGAAGGUGGUGGCAGAUGGGACAUCUUAUGGAUAGAUGAAUGGACCAAAAGACAGGUGGUGCACUCAGGGCUGCCACUAACCCAUGGCGUGCCUUUGUGCAAAUUCUAAAAAGGAACACUUUCCUCCAGAUGGAGGCUGCCCAAACCACAGUGUAUGGCUUGGGGAAGAGAACACGGGCUGAUUUUUAGCCCCCACUUGCCUCCUCAGCCAGCUUCUCUGAGUAUGGCUCACCUGCCUAACUGGACGAAGAAAGCCCAAGGUGAACCAGAGGAGAGAAAGCUGGAAAGGGGCAGGCACAGGUGAGGGAGGGGCACCUUCCCAGCCCCAGUCCCACCACUGUGACAGGUUGAAGGGCUGCCAGGGAGGCUUAGGAGGGUGUGAAUGACCCUAGUCCACAUGUGCAGGGAAGAAGGCAGUGAAGGGAGAUGCAGAGCUGGGACCCUGGAGCGGGGCCUGGGGUAGGGGGAGAACCAGGGAUGACCACUUCCUGACAGUGGAGUGAAAUGGCAGAGGCAGGAGGGGCGAGAGCAGGGAGACUCUGAAGAGAGAGAAGGGCAAGGGGAGAGAUCUAGGAAAGAGAAAUUCAUUAGAGCUGGAGCUCAGAGGGCCCUUGGGAAGGCAGGGUUUGUCCUUGGGAGACACUGAGUGGAGAGUGUUUCAAAUCAGUGAUUGGGUGCCUGGUGGGGCCAGAGCAUUGAUCCUGACACCAUGUGGGUGGACAUUCAGAAACCUUGUUCCUGGCAUUGGAAUGCAGUGCACAAGGGGAAAACAGAGACCAUGCCUGUGGCAACCGAACUAUAGGCCUGCCUGUGGGUCUAGUUCAAACUGCAGACUCCAGAGAACCUGUGCAAGUCUCUCGGAGCAGGGGGUGGGGAGUUUGGUGGUCAGAAAGCUAGGAAUUGAGUAAGGCAUAGAGAAUGAUUUCAAGCAGUGGUUAUCAAACUUUAGUGGGCUUCUGAAUCACCUGGAGGACUUGUUUAAACACAGAUUGCUGGACCCCAACCCCAGAGUUUCUAACUCAAUAGGUCUGGGGUAGAGACAGAAAAUUUGCAUUUCUAACAAGUUCCCAGGUCAGGGCGUACUGCUGGUCUGGGGAACACACUGUGAGAACUGUAGCUCUAAGCUAAGGCCUGGAGGUCAUCUCAGGUGGUGGGGGCUGUCAACUGAGGAGAAGCUGAGAAGCUGAAGAGAAGCUGAGGAUCCUGGGAGCCAGGGAGGGGAGAGGCAGUGAAAUGGGAAGGGUGGGAUGUUGUGUAUGGGGAAGGGGAUCCUGAAGCCAGGUGCUGAAAAAUUUAACUCUGGGCCCAAGAACUCAGCUGUCAGUGGAAACUGGGCAGUGACAAGCUGGAGAUAGACUUGGGGAAGAUGAGUGGGCAAGAUGGAAAGGAGGAAGUAAUUAGAAGGCCUUGGUGUGAUCCCUGGGGGAGUGAGAGGGAGCUGGAGCAGGAAAGGUAUCCAUGGCAAGAGGUGGCAACCCCCCCCCCCUCACCGCCCCAUAGGACUUAAAAGGCAAGAUUGAAUGUGAGAGAAAAACAAGAAGAGUCCAAACUUCUGGGUGUGUUUGUGGCCUGCUGCCCACCCCACCUGCUUACUGGUCUCAUCCCAGUCACCAGGGGCAGCCUCCAGGGAUGAUAAGGGAACAGCAGUGGCAAGUUGAGAGGGGACGGAGUUGGGGGGGGAACCCCAGGCUGGCCUCCUGGGAGACAGGUGUAGGCCGAGGGAAGGACAGCCUCUGACAAGGGGCCAAGUCCCACAGCCGCUGGAGCCCAGCAAGGACCUCCAUUUCUCUACACCCCAUUCCUGCCCCUUAAUAAAAGUCUGAGCCCCUUGGGGAAAAGCACCCCAGUCUGCUCUGUUCCAGGCUUGCAAGCCUGGGUCCUGUGGGGCCCGGCGCACCAGGGCCUCCUGGAAGUAGGACAGAGUCCUGGAGAGAGCCCAUCCCAGCUUGGGUCCACUCACAGAGAGGGCUUGCCCCAGGCCCAGUCCCUUCCCUCCAGUCUAGGCACAGAUGUGUUUGCCUCAGGUCACAGGGCCACCUGGGUCACCAGCAGUCAAGGAUAGGAUCUCCCAGCCCUGGCCUUGGCUGGUCCCCACCUCCACCCCCUAAAAAACCCCACAAAUGUUGGGCUGGGGAAUAGGGAGUCAUUUUGGUUUAGUUCAAUGAAACAGCUGGAGUCCAGGCAGGAGGGGGCUGGGUCUUUUGCCAUCUACACACAGACUUACACUUCAGUUAACGCAACUGCAUUGAAUAGGCAGAGAAGAAACAGGCUGGAACAAGGCCCCUCCUGCCCCCUGAAGUCACUGAGACCCCACCGUACAUCUCUCCCUGCCACUCAAGCCACCGCCCAGGGCACCGCUGUAAAGUGCAAAGGACAGUUAACUGAGAGUCAGAAGACCUGGGUUCUAGUCCUGUCACUGUCACUGAUUAACUCUAUGACUCUGGGAAAAGUCACGUCACUCCCCUGGGCCUCAGUUUCCUCAUCUGUAAAAAUAACACUUAGCAACUAGUAAUGCUCAAUAAAUGUUUAAAUAAUUGAAUUGCAAGAGGAAGAAUGGGUGCCUCUUCAGGUACAGUUUAGCUAAGAUUUCUAGGAGCGGAGAAUCCUUGGGCAAUGACAAAUUCAGAGGCUCCCUAGGGCACUGGAGGAGGGGUGAACCUAGGGCUGGGGGUGAGGGGUGGGGGCAGACUGUAGAGCCCAGGGUAUGCAGGGGCUCUGUGGACACACAAGCCCUUCCUUAACUGCUCUUGUCCCCACCACUCAGGGCAUCUGUGUUCUGGAGUUUCUAUUCUGUGCUGUCUGACAGAAUAAUUAAUGACAGAAUAAUUAACAUCAGGAGGAAAGGGGCUGAGACUCCCAAGCUGUGGUAGGAGGAGUCAGGUCCAGGAUUAGCCAGACCAGGACAAUGAGCCAGCAGAGUGGUGUCAAGAGUCUGGGGAACUCAGAAAAGGCACGGACCCUGGAAGCCCCUGCCCUAUAACAUGGGGGAAGGCUGAAGAAAGGGGGGACCAAGCUCAGCUAGGCUUCUUCCUCCCUUUCUGGGCACCCCCUCCUACAGUAGAAGUCCGAAUUGGCUUGGCCCUGAUGGCUCAGACAGCAGAUGGGACCCAGGUGUCCCCUCCUGGGGUGGAUGGCACAGCCCACAGAGGCCAGAUGGUGUUUGUAGCCUGGGUCGUUCUGAAUAGGUUGUCAGCCCCUAACAACCUCCCUGCCACACACCCCCAGCCCUUUUCAGCCUCAUGGCAGGGAAAGACACAGCCAGUCCUGGAUUUUAUAAAAAAGUUUAUUCACAUUUUAGAAAAACUAAUUCUAGGACAGGGAAUGGCCUCCCUAUGGGAUGGGUAUGGGAUCAAGAACAGAAGGCCAGAGAAAGGAGUUUGGGAGAUCUCCACUUGGGGUGAGGGAAGAGGGGAAUUGGGGCCUGUCCCCCACUCUGGGUGGGGACAGGUCAAAUAAAUUAAAGGAAGGGCCAACAGAGGGAGAAGGUAUCCAGGCAACCGGAGGAGAGCUUGGAGCUGGGCUGGAAGACGGUCGACACCUGCAGGAACUGGAGAGACAGUGUGGCAUGGGCUAAGGAGAGAAGGAGCCCUGUGGGGUGCCCUGCUGGCACCACCCAUUAACAGGACCCUGCAGAGCUGAGCACGGGCUGCUCCUCCUGAGGGAGAGCUCAUCUCAGGACUUCAGGAUGGGAGGCCUGACAAAGACAAGGUUGGGGGGGGGGUGGGUUCUGCCCCCUCACCUGGGGAGUGGAAGGAUCAUCGUUUUCGCAGCCUCUUCAUGAAGCAGCAGGUGAUGGCGCCAAGGAUGGUGGCACCGGUGACUAGGGCAACCCCGGUACCCACCAGCAGGGGCACAAGCAGGGUGUCGAGGGCUGGGUGAGAGAGAACGGCUCUGUUCAGCCUGGCAUGCCAUUGUCUCCACCCGCUGCCGCCCUCGUCUCCCAGCACUUUCCCCAGUAAAUUCCCUGGACCCACCUCCUCCCCACUCAGACAGGCCCUCCCCUGCCCACUCCCUGCCCUCUCAGCAUUCAAGUCCUCAUCAACCCUGGUGCAGAUGGGUGGUGAUGGGCUGAAAGCUGGAUUUUCCAGACUCUUCAUGUGAUAUGUUAUGGAAGAGAAAGAGGAUAGUGGCAGGAGGCUCAGAAGAUGGCCAGGGUUCGGAGUUGGGAGGGUGGCAAUUCACUCACCAUGCGUGUACGGGUAGACCGUGACGGGCCCCGAGCGGGCACUGCCCGCCUGGUACCAGCUGUAAUCAGCGUGCUGCACCCAGGCGCUGGGCGCACAGUGGUAGAGGCCUUCGUCCUGGGGCCCUAAGCUGUGCAGCCUCAGCCGAUGGCUUCGGGGCCCCACCAGCUCCACGCUGACAGGGCCUCCUCCGGGCCGGACCCCCAGCUCUGCCACACCAUCCUGGUCCACACCACCCACCAGCUGGGCAGGAGGAGCAGGGUCCAGCUCCCCUUCCUGUGGUCGCUCCACCCACCAGCUGGCAGCCAGCCGCAGGCCGGGGGGUCCGCCCUGCACAGAGAUGUUGCAGAACAGGGAGGCUGUCUCCCCCCGAUACACUGUGCUUCCCGCUAGCCACGCCACAGCCUCCAGCAUCACGCCUGCAGAACAAAGGACAUGGGGUUGGAUGGUAAAGGGUCAGGGGGCCUGGGGUCAGGGCUGCUGUCGAAGCAACACUCCAGGGAACUCAGGAUGUUGCCACAAACUUGGAAGAAGAGGAGCUUGAAAUCCUGAGACAUGGAGGCAGCUGAUGAGAGAAAGGCUAAAGCAGGAGAGCGGGCAUGGAAACAGAAAGAAGAGUGUUCUACAAGCCCCUGUCAAGAGCCCAACACCCUCUUGCCUACCCCAAAACUUCUCACCUUCUUCCCGAACAUGCACAGGAAGGGGCCGGGAGCGGGCACUGGCUGCCUCACGAAGCCGGGCCCCAGACCCUCGAACGUAGGCUUUGGCGAGGCAACGGUAGGUGCCCGCAUCCCCAGGCCUGGCCGCCUCCAGCCGUAGACGGUAGGUUCUGGAUGCUAUCUUCUCCAUGGCAAUGUGCCGGCCCUCAUAGCCAGGGCCCAGGCUGCCCACACCCUCUGUGUCCAACUGGGCUACCAGGCGGCCAGGCCCAGGAGCCCCUGCUGGUGCCAUCUCCCAGCCCACAGAGUAUGCAGCAUGACGGCCUGGUGGGGGCAGGGCCCCUGACACAUUGCACAGCAGUUCCAAGGGCUCCCCUGGGCCAAUCCGACGUUCACCGGGCCCCACCGCCACGGCCAGCUGGCUGGCUGAAAAGGAAAGAGUAAGGGGUGUUAUGGAGGCAAGAAGGGGCACAAGGGAUCUGGAGUCCCCAACAAGAGUUCCUUCCUUGACAACAGCAACUUGAAGGGCCCCUAUCUGCCCCUCACUGGGUCCCCCAACUCCCAGGUACAACCAUCUUCCCCACCCAGGGGCCUGAGUCUCACCCCUCAGCCAUGGCCCUCCUGUCUCCACACCCAAUUUCCGAACAGAGAAAACCCAUCAUGGGUAGAGAGGGAAGUCACGCCAACAGGGCUGCUUACACCAGGGAAGGUGGGUUCCCCAGAGUCAGGUGGUGACCAUCUUGCACUCCCAAUGGCCACGGUGCCCACCAAGAUGCAUACCCUCCCAGCGCCCACCCGGGGAUGUGUGGCACUCACACAGCGUCUGCACAUCCACGUGGGCCAGGACAGCCCGCUUCUCCCCGAUCUGGGCCCAGCUGCCAUCAGGAUCCUGAAUCCACUCGGCAGCAGUGCAGUGGUAGGUGCCUGCAUCCUCCGCCUGGGUGCCCCCCACCACCAUGCGGUACCGAUCACUCCCCUCCUUGCCCAGCCGCAGCUCCCCAGCAGCCAGACGCUCAGCAUAGGGAGCUCCGGCCUCUACAGCCAAGUCUGGAUGGAGUCCCACCACUUCCUGCAGGGUUGCUCGUCCCACUGGUGCCUCGGGCACAGUGCGCCCAAAGGACACCGCCAAGUGUGUGUGCUUCUGUGUGUCUCGUGCCAGGCAGCCCAGUGCCAGCUCCUGCCCCUCAUGCACAGUCAAGCGAGGGGGUGAAGUUGGGGCUUGGCGGCCUCUGGGCCCUGCAGGGGCAGCAGAUACUUGCAGCACAUCUGGAAGAACUGGAGAGAACAGCUGCAGUGAAGGAGGGGUGGGAACUAGCAGCUCUUCUUACUGUUUCUUGUGUCUCCAACCUUUCUCCCUAAAUAGACUGUGACCUCCUGGAGGACAAAGACAGCAUGUUGUAUUUCUUUUGUAACCCAGAGGUGUGAAGCACAGUGCUGGGCACACCCCAGGUGUUCAAUAAAUACUUGCUAAACUAAUGAGAACCAACCCAUCUACUCACGCUAUGUUUGGG